AUGCUUUUCUCCAAACACCCCUCGAAAGCUCCCGAUCAACUCGAACUUCACAAAGCUGCGCUUCUGUACCACAAACAAAAGCACACUUUGCCACCUAUGCAACAAAUACAAAAACCUCCAGUCCAUUCACCUGAAGAAUCUAUACAGCAGAAUGUGGGCGUAUCACCAAAUCCCCAAAUAUCAAUCGGCAAUAUCUUUCAGGAUGGAAUACCAAGUCUCCCAGUGAUGUAUCUGCCCGAACAUCAUCUUGCCCGACUUCGAGCAUUGAGAAUGCAAAGGGCUCGUACUAUCUUAUCUUCCACUGUUGAAAGACAACAGAUUGGAGAAACUCAACUAGUCGAGACGAGUGAAAAUGUUGAGAAAAGGAAGCUGGUCCAAGAAAACCAACUCCUUAAGACCAAUAUCGUUACACACAAAACAUCAGUGCACAUUAGUAACCUCUUUCGAGCACACUUUCACAAGCCAAACAUCCGUACUUUCUCUAACAGAUUGUUCUCGAAGCAAAUCAAGGAGAAAGCCAACACCCAUAUCAAAGAAGCAACCGAAGCAGCAACCGAAACCAAAUCUACACCUCCAGCUCCCCUCAACGAUUCUAACUGGCCUUUACCUGCACCUGAAAACUCGUCUACUUGCAAUUUGGCUGGUCGGGCCAGUGCGGAGCAGUAUCAUGAUUUUUCCGAGAACACCAUCACAGUGGGAGAAGACAACAAGGAAGAGAGUCACUGUCAUAACUCGCAGUCAACCAAAAUAAGUGAGAAAGUCACAGAGGAAAAACAUGAGUUAGAUAUUGGACCUUCAGAAGCAAGUAGAAUCAAACUAUACCAGGCGUGGAAAAGGAGAAUAUUAGACCUAAGCGGUGCAAAAGAGGUUGAAUAG